AUGCCGAAGUUUUACUGCGAGUACUGCGGCAUCUACCUGACGCACAGCUCUCCCGCUGGCCGCAGGCAGCACUCAUUGGGUCGCAAGCACAUCAACAUGAAGGUCGACUACUAUCAGAAGCUUGUUCGGGAACACUUCUUCCAGCCGCCUCCGUACACCGUCGCCGCUGCUCCUCCGACCGGCGCAGGUUUUCCGCCCGUGGUACCCGGUGGAGUCCCAGGACCUGUGCCUGUCCCUGCGCCGAUGCCAGGUCACAUGGGUGCUCCCAUGAUGCCCCCAGCAGGCGGUGAAAUCCCCCUCAGGCCCCCGCAGAUGGGCUUCACCCCUGAGGUCCCGCCACCUGUUGGCUUGAUUCCCCCUGUGCCUCACAUGCCCGCGCCUAUGGGCCACCCCCCUCCACCGUUCGUACCGCCGAUGGGCCCUCCCAUGAUGGCUCCGGCGCCUCCAUACGGCAUGCGGUGA